GCCGCCAUCUUGUAUUCACUUUUGUGGUGCGGGUGUUUUUAACUAUUAUUUAAGUGUUCUUUUGUUUAUUUAACUCAUUAAUAAAUCGACCUUUAAGUUUAGUAGACACGUUAUUCGUGUUAAAAUUAAGUGUAAUGCCAAAAUUUAACAUAUACGUUGCUAUCAACAGAAGGCAUAGCUGGCUAUGAAUAAUAACAAAACUGCAUUGAAUCGAGAAGGCGUUGGCAUUCACGAACAAUAUAAGUAAAUGCAGGUUUCACAGAAAGACUCAAAAGGUUGUAAAAGAGUUGGCGUUGAAGAACAUUUAAUUAAAUUUAGACCAUCGCCGAAUUUUAAAAAUAUGAAAAAAUUUAUGAAAUCCAAAAUGGACCAUUUACAAAUAACUAAUCGGGCCAGUACGAAUGUCGCUCCGGAUCCGACACCACCGCCUAAUAUUGGGAGAGCGGAAAGAGUCACGCCGGCUGUUCAACCUCCAUUACCCCUGGAUCCUCCUCCGGACAGUCCUAUUUAUUUAAACAUGAUAGUGAAACAAGAAGUUGAAGACACAGAUUAUAAUAAUUCAUGUGAUAAUUCUUUGGUAAUUAGUAACCAAGAGCCCCAAGUUAAUAGUGAAACAAACAAUGUUACACAAGAGAAAUCAACAGAAAAAACAAAAACACCUAUAUGUCGAGAUUACAUUCGAGGUACUUGUAAACGACAAGGCACAUGCAAAUUUGCUCAUAAGUAUGAUGUAUCGCAGCUCGAGGGUGUAUAUACAUUCUGUCACAAAUAUCAAAACUCAGUAUGCACAUUUGCCAAUUGCAAGUAUGUUCAUGCAGAUGUAUUUGAAGAGCGUCAGUUUUAUAGAACUGGAAUUCUUCCACCACAUGCCUUGGCACACCAUAAGAAAGUUUUGCAACCACCUCCACCACCUCCUCCUCCAGAAGUUAUUGUCUCUUCUAUUACAGAGCCGCCGCCAGAUUUGCCAUCUAUGGCUUUUACCAAUCCUCCACCACCAUUGCAUACUGAAAUGGAUAAGUCAAUAUUAAGUGUCAUACCUUCCAGCUCACUGGAAUCCAGAGGAUUCACGGAUCUCUUACCACCAACUAGGUAUACAUCACCGUUAAAACGGGAGUGGAACAACAUUGAACCGUUCGGAACUUCGCCGUGCGACCUCGACACCACUGAACACUUGUCAAAAAAAUGCAAACAUUGUGAUAUCAUGGAGUUCAGAUUACAAUACAAUAAAGAUAAAGUUGAAAAAAUGAGACAGACUAAAGAGGAACUCACCAAAAAAAUGACCAUAUUGGAUAAAAAAAGUGAUAAACUUUAUACAAUAAUUAUGGCCCUGCUUAAACCGCAGAUUACUUCGAAAUCUCAAAGUCAUACAAAUGGCCUAACACUGCUAAACGGUGAAAAUAAAGAAAAGUCUCUGUUAGAGCAAUUAAACACGAUUAUGAAUGUUACAAGUAGACUAUCUACGCUUGGAGAAGAUAAAUAAUAUUUAAGAAUAAAGCGGACGGAGAGUGUCGUCAUGGAGCUUUGAUGAUGGUAAAGCUGCCUCGCCUGUGGAGGGGGGUAGCUCUUGAAAUGAACUUUAUUCCUCUAGUGUGUAAAUACAAUUAGUUGCAAAAAAAUCGAACAUUUUUAACAUAGAUAUUAUUAUAUUAUAAGUUUGUAAUAUGUUUUAACAACGAAGCCGAGGAAGGUUAAGUAUUUACUUGUUCGUAGGUUGACAACUCGAAUAUAAUAGUGGGGCACGUCAGAUGAUGUCACCGAAUUAACUUCCCCCGUUUUUACCCAGCACGAGAAUGGACAUCAAAUCUUAACAUCUUAACCUAACGGCUGACGAUUUUUGUGUAUUUUAUUUUAUCGACGCAUAUACGACGACGCUGACGACUUUUUAUAAAUAAUGUAAUUGUUUCUUUGAUCAUAAUUUUGACCUAUUGUACAAGUAGUUAUGAAAUGAUUCGUGUUUUACGAACUAGAGUGUAAAUAGCUCGGUAUAUUUAAUAAAAUCCUGUAAAAUUGUGAACAUAGCCAAUAUUCCAACCACAAAAGGAAUAAACCCAAAUAAAUAACUUUGACAUGGAUAUCUUGAAUAAUCUAUGAUAUUCUCUAUGGAUUCUCGUUUAAAAAAUAGCGUUUUCAAUGUCCGCGAAGUUGUAAUAGGAUCUUCGAAAGUUAAAUUAAUGUGGUUAUAACUAGAUAAGUGGAAUAGUUUUGUAUUAUAAAUAAAAAUAAAUUAACCAAGAACUGUUUAUAGAGCGUAAUACAGCAGAACAAUUGGAAAAUCGUAUGCAAUUUGUAAAUUACGGUUUGUUUACCUUUACUCCUACUCCGAUGGGACUAGGGUAUAAAUAUGCUUGAUUAGAUUUGAAUAAAUGAUUUAUAAGAUUUAAAAGUAUUAAUGUAUGGGCAUCCCAAGUGGGUGGGGGUGGUGUUGAUAAGAUCUUUUGUACUGUACCUUAUUACGUUAUUACUUAUAAUUAAUACACAAAAACAAGGAAGUAAUUUAAUGUAAACAGUUUGAUUGUUUACAUAUUAAGUGUAAGCGUUUAGACCGUUUGUACAUAACUUAAAAAAUGUAAAUUAUAACAGCUCAUAACUUGUUUACAUAAAUAAUUUUAAGGAGAUAAUAUUAUCAGAACAUAUUUUUGUAAUCUAUCACUAUGACUUAAGUGUUAAAAAAAACCAUUAAUAUUAUUUUGAGUUCAUUGGAGCAUUAAAGCAUUAAAAGUUCAGGAAACGCAAACUAUUACGUUUUCCUUAAAGAGAGAUAUAAUUAAGGCGCAUUGAGCCGAAAUAGUUAAGAGAUACGAGGUCACAAUAUAAACGUUUCAUUUACAAUGAAUAUGUAAUACUUUGCGAUCGAACGUCACACUCGUUUGUAAAUAUUACGAAGAUAUUUGAACGAUAUUUUUUUUAAUGGAAAUUUAAACGAAUGGUAAAAUGUUCAUUUUAAUGGUGACACAGAAUAUUACGAUUUUUUUGCAACGCGUUGUUCACAUUUUGUAAGACGAAAUAUAUGUUUUUCGAAUACAUUCGGUUGUCUGGCGGACUGACAUUUUGUUAUUACAAUUAUAUAUUAUCAACAUCAGACAAGUGCUGUCGAUCACAUAUGCUCUAUUGUUUAUUUUAUAAGUUGCAAGUUUUUAGUAUAUUAUAUUGUAUAUUGUGAUUUUAAUUUGAUUUAUACAGUCUGUAACAGUCAUUUAAUUUAAGAGGCUAUGAUGUUUCUAUGAAUAUUGAACGACACUGACUUCAUGCAUUGUAAUCAUUUGAAAUAGGAUGUUGUUUGCAUUAGCAUUUUACAUAACGGCCAUUAUGAGAAUUUUAGAAACAUUUGUUUUACAGUGAAAUAAAUAAAUAUUUCAGACUAGUGUAA